UUUACUGAAGAGAACAAGAUGGAAAUUAAACGGCAGGCAGCGCUCAACCUUUUUCACAGGAGAAAGUUCGAGGAGUCCUUUCAGUUGUAUGCUGAAAUCAAGACUGAUGUGAUCACAAUCAUUCAAAUGUUUCCGGAAUUUCUACCAGAGAAGUUACAGAAAGACGCCGCAGCUUUUGAUUUACCAGCAAAUGACAAAAAACGCGCUCUGCUAGCUUUGGGUAAUUACCUUUCGGCGGUGCGAGCAGAUCUCUCAAAGCAGUUGGACCAGUACAACCGUGAAAGACAUCAAAGCCAGGCUAAUUUGAGCAUGAGUCCAGAACACCUGAAAAGUCUGCAUAUCUCAUUGCAAGUUAUUGACACUGCCUUAUUGAAGUGCUAUUUACAGACAAGGCCAUCCCUUGUGGACUCGUUGCUUCGUCUGCACAACAACUCUUGUUUUUUCGAGGAUGCUGAGACUAUACUGAAAGCUGAAAAUCGGUUACCCUCGUUGUUCAUCUUAUAUGAGUCAAGAAAGAAGCAUGAAAUGGGUGACUUCACGCUCAUUUUAAUUAUUCUAUUCUUUUGCACAGUUGGUGAUUGA